AUGUCUUCCCUCCGUCGCCCAGCUGGGGCUAUCAACUUGCAGCCAUACAUCUCCUCUGUAUACAACACUGCAGACCUCACUGACGGCGCCAAGUCCUUAGAUUUGAACUACACUGAGCAUCUAGCAACCCUAGGUCGCGAGGACAGUCUAGAGGAAUAUUCGGACUCGGAAGAUCCGUCGAACUCCUCGAACAGAGACACCGGCCACACAGACAACAUCGACAGCUGUCACAUAGACCACAGCAACGGGUUCAAUACCGACAACAAACCCGAACAGUACCUCUUCCAGAGGGUUUUCAAAGAUCUCAUUGAAGAUCCUCAGUGGCUGUGCUUUCAGGACGCUCACAGCCCUCUCUUCGCAAGACAGCGUUGUCGCCGCAUCGCAAGGCGAACAAGGUGGGUGGGCCAGUACGAGCUUGAUUGUGAACUGACUCAGCAGGAGCCGGAUGUCUCAAAGCCCGAGGAACGCACGCCGGUGCGCAGGGUGCGAGCGACAGGCGAGCGACAGGCGGACGCGAUAUGCGGGCGGCGGGCGCGGUGCAUACGAGUCAGCAGCACAGGCUAUCAGAGUCCAGUCAUGACCAAGCGCGUCACUCGGUCGAUCGCAACCGAACAAGGCUGCGGCACGCGAUCAACCAGGUCAACGAAGGCUUCUGCAGCCGCAGGCGGCUCGAAGAAAAGCACCAAGCCUGCGAAGGUUAAGCCGAACGAAGGAGCCGCUAAGAAGAAGGCGCAGGAGAAGGAGAAGGAGAAGGAGAAGGAGAAGGAGAAGGAGAAACUAACAGCGAACAUACGCAAGAGAGCUUCUAAGUUGAUGGCGGAAGAGGAGUCCUCGGCGGACGAAGAACCAAAACCCAAGAAGAAGAAGAAGAAGCAGCAAGCCGUUCAAGAUGACGAGCAGGACAUGGACGCGCAGGAUAAGACAGCUGAAGACAACCCAGAGGACGUUGAGAUGGAGGAUGUUGCUGCUGAGCAGCGUAAGGCGUCUCGGCCCAAACCGAAGCCAGUGUACGGCAAAUUUGCCAAGACUGGGACCGCAUUGGAGCCCGCUGAGCAGGACCUCGCACAAAUGUUGAGUGGAGGAAGACGUCAAAUUAAGCAGAAUGUUGUGAGUGGUAGCAAGGGAGGGGAGCUGAAGAAGAAGACGACACAGCUCAAGUCUACCACUGGCGUGUCUGCCGGCGCCAGCGGCAACUCUAGACAGGGAGCUGGCAAACUGAAAGCUACGCCGGCGAGUGCCAAAGACAAGGGCAAGGCUAAAGCAAGUCGCAAGGAUGACACGCCAGUCGAGGAAGAGGUCGAGGAAGAAACCGAGGAAGCGGUCGAGGAAGAGGUCGAGGAAGAGGUCGAGGAAGAGGUCGAGGAAGAGGCCGUCGAAGAGGCCAAGGGAGAGGACAGUGACUCCGAGGAUGAGGAAGACGAUGGGGCUGAGGGUGGGGGUGCACACAGUGGGUCUGAAGAUGCGGAGGAUGAAGAUGCGGAUGCGGAAGUCGAGAACUCGGAUGAGGGUGAUGUAAUAGUACUGUCUGAUACCAAGACCCGACGCAAGUGUGCUCCCGCCAAAGCGACUGGCGGUGAACGCGAGAGCAGCAGUCGUGUCAAGGUCGCGGACUUGCCCCCCGACGUCAAGUCUCUGGUGUCGACAGCGCAGAACAGUCUGCGGCUGUAUGUCGCCCUCAAAUCCGCCUGGACGAAAGAGAAUUCCGUCACGUCCAAGCGGCUCCAUCGCCGCGACAAAGUGAUUGAAGUGUGCCUCCGCGAGGCAUAUUUGGGACGCGGCAAGAAUCGCAAAACAAACGCUACCUUGAAGAAGGUGUUUCAGUCGCUGCAGGUCCGAGAGAUAACAGCUACAGAAGAGAAGGAGGUUCAGGAGCAGAGGGAGGCUAACGAAGAGAGGGAAGAGAUGCAGGGGAAGGUAUACACGGUGGUCUGGACGUGCUCCUCGCAAACGAGGAACGAGCUCAAAAAGAAGGCCAAGCAAGUGAUCGAGCAGGUCUUCAGGCUCGGCAGCCUCACCGUAGCCCAACGAUCGGAGGCCGCUGUCUGGCUUCUGGAGACGCAUCCCACGGCGGUAAGCGACGGCACUCGCACUCGUAACAUCGCAAACUUUGUUUUCGGAGGCAUCGAAUUACACUUCGACCGCAAGAAGAAGAAUCUCGAUCGAGAGCGCACCAAGGUCGAGCAGAUGGAGCCGUUCCGCAACGAAUGCAUCCCCAAACUCAUCUACCAGUACUAUGGCUUGGCCAGACGCGCAGACGCUAGUAUCAAUGCAGCGCUGGAGGAUUUCAGCCAGGUCCCGCUAAAUCUCAUCGCCGUCUGUUGCAACGCAAUAGAAGCAGCGUUGAUGGAGGUGACGUCGCAUCAGCCCAUCGCAUUCUCCAACAAGCACUUCGCCGCAAAGUGGGAUGGCAUUAUGGCCAUCCUAGAGACUCUGGAAGCCAAAGCUUCGGAGUACCUUGAGGAGACACAAGAGGUAAUUUGGGAGCACAUCAGCACUCGGCUCAACGCUGGCCCCAAUGCGUUCGAGGUGUCUGUGGAUGACGAUGAGCAGUCGGGUGGGUUCAUCCCCCUGCUCCAGUUGCGCGCGUCCAAGCCUCGAAGCAGCAAGUCGAGCACAGCGAAGAAGGCGAGCAAAUCAAUGCCGCGAAAGACCGCAGGCAAGCCAUCCAGCUCUUCGAAGGCCAUACGUACCCCUCCUAGCCCAUCCAAGAGUGCGAAACAGCCGCCCAGCACGUCGAGGAAGCCGACGUCAACGACCAACAAUGCCAGCGACGACGGAGCAGCGGGCGCCGCUGAUGGCGAAGGCGAUGGCGAUGGCGACGGCGAUGGCGAUGGAGCUGAGAUAGACGAGCUGCAGGAGCCUGGGGAAGAACCUGCUGUCGCUGCCAGUCCCUCGAACGGUGGAGAUGCCUGA